UUUUUCCCAGUCAUGUGGGAUCUUCAUCCAGGAUUUACGUAAUCUGAAACAAGCUAUAAAUGAGUUUGGAAACGUUCCCCCCGUCAUCAGAUAUGACUUCCACCGCGUCUUCAUCAGUUUUGGACGAGAGAACACCGUUAACGCGGUCAGAUUCUGCUCUUUCUCGACAAACAGGCGCACAUCAGUCGACGUCCGGCAUCUUCCGUGGACACUUACCAUCAAUGAAUCGAAACCGAAACUCGCUCUUUCCGCUGGCUUGCAUUAUUCUAGCUGUGGUUCUUGAAAGAAUAACUUUCUACGGGAUCCUAGCGAACUUGGUUUUGUACCUUAUAAACAUGACUAAGUUUAGCCAGUCUGCUGCCGUUAGCAUAGUUAUGAUUUUUACUGGGAUGGCCUGGCUAAUGUCGACAGUGGGAGGGAUUGUAGCAGACUCAUACAGUGGCCGAUAUAAUGCUGUUUGGGGGAGUCUAAUGAUCUAUAUCGUUGGUGCUGGAAUGAUUUUUUAUUCAGCUCUUCUUACACACACGCACUACCCUGUUAGCGAUGUAUGCAAUCAAUUGAUAGUAUUUUUAGCUUUGUUGGUAAUUUCCAUUGGAGAGGGUGCGUACAAAGCUAACAUCACUGCAUUUGGUGCUGAUCAGUUACAAGGACAUGAUGACAACAGAUACCGGCGAUUUUUUAAUUGGUAUUACUGGGGUAUAAACCUUGCGUCUUUCACAGCCUAUGCUGGCCUUGCGUAUAUAGAGCAAGAAUUCACAUUUUCUUUGGCGUUUGGCAUAUUACUGGCUUGCAUUGCUUUGGCCAGUUUUGUAUUCUGUGUCUGUAGGUCACGCUAUAUCACUCAACCUCCUGCUGGACACCUUCUGAAAAAGAUGUAUCACAUUGUGAAAGAAGCAAGGCUUAAGAAAAAGGAAGCAUCUACGAGGUAUAAUUAAGAAAUGGUAAAUGUGCAGUGUGCAACCAUCAAGUUAGGGGUACAUGCGGGAGGUUGCUAAGCACAAAAGAAGUGGACAUGUAAGAGUCACACAAGGCAAUAGCCGAGUGCAACUCUAGCUUGUUGAGUGCUUAGUAAACCUCCCAAUUGCAUUCAUCUCUUGAUAGUUGCACAGCUGCAACGUUUACCAUUUAUUUUAUAACAUAAUCAAAAAAGAAAACAUUUCCAUUUCCCUAUGGUUGAGUCAGUCAUCGGUACUGUAGACGAGUUGAUGUAUGCUGUCAUCUGCCUGCGCAUAAACAAAUCAUGACUUUCAAAUACUUGCCUUUGAGUUUUUCUUUUGCUGAAUCAACUGUUCUCCAUGUUAAGGUAAAUUGCAAAAAGAUUUUUUGUUAUCCUAAAUGGUAUCUGUCUACUUGGUCUUACUAUUAGGGUAAGUACUUCGAGGGAAAACUAUAAAUGUAAACAUAAACACUAACUACAAUUCCAGCUAAUGUGUGCGUAACUCAACUAAAAUUUUUAAUCAAUGAAAGGUACACAACAAAGCUGUCUCAAAUCUGAGCGUGUUUCCUAAAAUAUUUGCUUGAAUUUAACAGCAACUUGACUAAAAGGUCAAUAACACAGUGCUAAUUAAUGCAUUUCCAUUUCAAAACAGACUUUCUCUACUAAAACACACAAAAUGUACCUUAAAUUUUGAGCUUGAAUCCUCAAAAAAUUUCACUCACUCAGUUGUUCUUCUGAGCUCCCAGCUGCAAAGGAAACAAUGACGACUUUCUCCAGGGCAAAUUUGUUGCCCAAUCUUUUCACUUUUCUUCGAAACAAAAACUGAGUAUUUUCUUCAACUUCUACUUUUCAUUUGUAUAUUAUUUUCAUCGGUUCAUUUUAAACCACACAGGAGAGAAGUUUACUGAAUUUGCCUCAAUUUCACCACGCUAGCUUUUCUUUGCAUGCACCAACGGGCAAAUGGUGGAUGGCUAAGUGACCAAUAAGAGCACACGCUUUACUUUGUCAUGUUAUAAAGAUAUGCGUACCCUUCUGCUGUGGUUUAAAUUUAUCCAUGAUACAAACUGUUUUCUUUUGCAACAUUUAUGGACCAUCAGCAAAACGUAUGGGGGAGGGGGUAUGUGACAUGCAAAAAAGAUAUUUGUGGAAAAAAUUGCAUGCACACCACGUAACCCUAACAUAUAUUCAUGCACUGGCCCUAAAAAAAAUUCACAUAAGGGAAGUGUUAAUGAGAAAAAUUCAUGUGGCUUGAAAAUUCCCCACACCACUCCCCCAUAACUUUUUUAAUAGUCACUCCUAAAUUGUUUGACUGAAGAUGUGUCAAAAUAUCAGUCACUGUCAAAAAUAGUCCCAUUUAGGACUAUACAAGGGCUGUCACUAAGAUUUUAUGUUGUUAGGUAUAUGCCAUUAGUAGGUGGGGAUUUGAACAACUAGCAAAUUCCUUUGGUUUAAUAGGCCAUUUGCACUGAGAUGUCAUGUGACAUCAUGUUUAUGAAAAUAAAGUUAUAUGAUUUUGCCUUCGAAAAACAAUUAGUGGGUCAUAUCUUAAACAAAAUAAUAGUGAUUUGGUUUUUCAAACCCCACACCAUUUUCUUACAAUGAGUAAGUUCAUAGCUGGUCACGUCACCAAAAUGUGAUUUUGAGAAUUAUGAAUUAACUCUUUCUGAACACAAAUUUUGCACUUAAACUUCAAGGAAAAUGUCGAAAAGAUGAUGUGGUAAUGUUUACAGCAAAUCUGAGUGUAAUUAUCAAACAUUUAACAAGGUAUAAGCAAAAAGUAUUUUUUGGCCGCCAUGUUGGAGGGCAAGAGUAUGCCCUCCAAUAUAGCAGCCAAUCUAAAUCAUACUACUUUGUUGAAAAAUCAAAGUGCCAUAAAAUACCUCCCUUAAACGCGUUUCCUUUCAAAUUGCGGGUGCAAGAUAAUAUUUAUUUUUAUGUGCUCUGUCAAUUUUUGGUAUCAACAAGAUUCCAACUCAUUGUUUAAAGGAAGCAUUGGUCACGUGACCUCUUAGUGCAAGUGGCCUAUUUACCUUUUGCUUGUUAUAAAAGUAGCAAGAGGAGAUGCUCCUAGUAACCAGGGGGAAUCCCCACCUCUCAGCCCUUAGUGACUGCCUUGCUAUCCACAACUGGACAAUCAUACUCCACCUGCUUAUGUUGUUUUUUGUGACUUGAUAAUGGUGUUAUGUUUUCUUUUUGACUUAAUAAUAUUGUUCUAGUAACUGGUUUGUGUACAAAACAGAAAGCCUUUAAUAGAUUUUAUGUGACAAAAAUUAAUUUGAUCAUAACAAAGAAAACACAUGUUUGAUUGGUCCCUUUGAACAAGUCAUAAAAACUGUGGUCAAUUUAAUAAAACUUUUACAAGUGUAACUUUGUUUUUGAGUCUUAAAGCAUUAGCUAGGCUUGCAAACUACCUUUGUCAAAGUUUUAUUAAACUGACAUUAAAUUGACCUCUGAUUGAAAUAAUGAAUACAUGGAUUAAUACUUGUCAAGAAAUAAAUUUCAGUGAAUCCUUGCAGUGAAGAUUUCCCUUACAUUUAUUUCUUAAUUCCACAGUUCAAAUAUGUGAAAUUCAUAGAUUCAUCAUUUCAUAUUCAGUUUUUUCUUGUUUGUUUUAGUAUUUAAUUUUCACUGGCUGGGAAAGAAGAUUUGAUUUAGGCCAAAAAAAUAGUCAAAUUCAUGAAUAAAUCCCACCAGUGAGAGCCAAUCAAACUGCAAGGAUCACUAGUGGUUUCAAACAGGAUGUAAUAAAGCUCAUAAUAAAAUAUUAUUCAUCAUCAUACAAGCCCCCCAAAAAAUAGAAUCAUUAAUAAUAUUAACCUCAACACACCCACCUGUAUUAUGUUGGUUUGGUACUUGACACCAACCCUUUCUGUCCCUCUGGGUAUUUCUUAUGGGGAGUUUAGGACAGAACUCCCUGCCAAACAACUCAAUCCCUUGACACCUCAUGUAGCAUUUUGUGUAUUCACAAGGUUGGGGUUUGAGGAAACUUCUUGAGAGCUCAAAAGUCUUAAACCUCUGAAUUCUGGUGCCCAAGGCAAAAUGCCUAAAAGAUUCAAUCUUCUCUUUGUGUAUGCUAAUACAGUGAAACUUCUAUUAAGCGGACACCUUCGGAGGUCUUCCUAAGUGUCCGCUUAAUAGAGGGUGUCCGCUUAUUAGAGGUUGGUAAAAAUUGUGCAAUGUUUGUUAACUAUUAACUUUCGACGGUUACUCUGUACUGUGAUAAAGUUCCAUGUGGAAGCUGUGCUGUACUUUGUGCAAGACUUUCGGUCUAAUCUACGGUUUAUUGACAGCUUAAUGCAUUGAUUUAUCUUUAUUAAUCAGCUACAGUACGUAUUUCAAGGACGUAAUCCAAUACUACUUUUGUCAAUUCCGUCCAGUGUCCGCUUAAUAGAGGUUAUUAGCAAUAGAAAUUAGCCAAGUACAAUUUAUUUUAGUGUCGGUGUUCGCACUUAAUAGAAGUCUCACUGUAUAUCCUUCACUCUUAUACUUUCCCACAAUUGUUGCUCAAGAGAACCAUUCUUUUCAAUGCAGCUGUUUUAUUUGUACCUUUUUAGGGAAAACAGCCCUCAAUUUUACCCAGGCCUACAGGAGUACAUGCCUACUACAAAGAGCUGGCUGGAUCAUGCCAUGAUGAAAUAUGGUGGAACUUAUUUGGAUACUGAUGUGGAGGAAGUCAAGACAAUCGGUAGAAUUAUGAUCAUUUUUGCCAUCUUUAUUCCAUAUUGGACAAUCUAUUUUCAGGUAAUUGCCAGUGACAUAAUUUUCAACAACGUUGUGAACUGUUUUUGCCGUAAAGCAGUGUUGGAAAUUAACUGCUAACGGGUGAUGCACAUAAAUUGGCCCAAAGUUGUCUUUCAAUGUUCUUGCUUUACCAAGUAACAGCUCUCAUUACCAUUAGGAUUAACAGCCUUUGUUUUUUGAGAAAUAACUUUUUCCAUAGUUUGUCAGUAGAAUGUUUGAUAAAGUUGCAUGUCAGGCAAUUUACAUGCUAGUGUGGCUCGUUAUUUAAAAGAAAUGAAUGGUGAACUAAAUUUUGUGCAAGCUGUUAAGGUUUUAUUCAGAAAAAUUACCUUACUGCUACCUACUUUUGCAGAUCUUUAAUUUUGCAUUUUUCAAACCACAAAAUUCAAAACGGUCCAUAAAUAGAAGUCCACGAAAAUUUUAAUACCCAUUUAGAACUUUCAAAUCACAAAAAAAAUGAUAAACAUAUAACAACAACAUUAUGUGUAUGAACAAAAAAACACAAAACUGGUUUUACCGGUAAGUUCCAUUUUGUAUCUUUUGUUGUGAAAUAACAUUUAUUUGCAAAGAUUUACCUAGAAAUUUUUAAAAGUUUAGAGAUUCUGAAAAAUGAGAUAAAGUUGAGAACGUUUCAAUUACAAAAUUUAAUACCCUUUUUCAUAUUUAACCAUUGAAAUUGCGAAGACCCUGUAAAAUACUGUCUUGUCAAAAUCAUGCGAUUAAGUACCCCUGAAAUUAACUACCAAUAAUAAUAAUAAUAACUUUAUUUAACGAGGGUAAAGACAUUGAUCCUCGUUAAAUAAAGUUAUUAUUAUUAUUAUUGGUAGUAAUAAUAAUAAGGCAGCCCAAUGCUCUGAACUAGUGAAAUCCAGGGUCUCCUAGCUAUUGAUUUUCAUAAAAAAAGUAGUCACCUCCUAGUCAUCCAAGAGCACAAGUUCUCGGCACCACAGGCCACAGGGCACCACUGGAGCACAGCCCUGAGGCUCCUCUUAUAGAGGUGUGGGCUAGUAAACUGAGCCAAUAACAUGCCCUUCUAGUAAGUGUGACUUUCUCCUUGUCAUGUCCCUUGAUCAACCUAUUUCUAACCUUAACUAUAAAGUACCUUGAUCACUAACAUGCAGUUAAACAGUACAUCAUUUUACAUGUUCUAGAUGAAUUCCACUUUUCUGCUUCAAGGACUCCACAUGAGACUAAGUUUUGACCCUGAUGUGAAAGAGGACAUCCAUGAGGCUCAUGUUAUACCUGCGUGGCUGACUCUGGUGGAUGUCUCUUUUGUUCUGAUCUUGAUUCCCAUCAUGGACAAGCUGGUUUAUCCCUGGCUGGAUAAAAAAGGAUGGGGUUUGAGCAUUUUCACUCGUAUUUCAAUUGGUAAAUCAUCUGUGGUCCUUAUCUUUUGCAUCUAAUGAUAAUAAUAAUAAUAACUAUAACAAAAUUGUCAAAUCUGAUUGGCUAUCAACUGCCCUGAUUUCAGCCUUAAUUGGACAGUUUAAUAGGAUAGUACCCGUCAUGCCUAAGUAAUUGGACAGUACGCACCAUCACGCGCACGCUUGAAUGGCUUUUUUUUUCACUGCUAGCAAAACAAAAUUUUGAAUUUCUUGUGUUUUGAUUUAAAAAAUAGCGUAUUAUAUCACACAUUUUGUUAAAGUUAUGAUUAAUUUGUAACAGAACUUCGUGUCGUCCAAUUCGAUCUAUAAUCAUAUUCGUGAUUAAACAAAUCAGACUCCCACUACGCGGUCGUCCGAUUUUGUUAAUCACUCAUAUGAUUACAGACCGAAUUGGACUCCACUCAGUCCUAUUACCAUUACUAAUAAUAAUAAUAAUAAUAAUAAUAAUAAUAAUAACAAUCUUUAUACAAGGAGCUCUCUUCACAAAGAGUGAUAUUUAGUGAGAGGCCAAACCCAUAAAAAUGUGUGAAGUUUCAUAUGAGUUUGUUUGUUUUCUUACUGAACAUUACAAGUUCUAAACAACCAUGUAUUAAUAUUAGUGAUAAAGUAAAACAAAUCUCUGCCACUUAACAUUAGUGACUCUCAAGCAUUAUGAAUCACAGUUCCCUGUCUUCCCUGAUUUUCUUCUACAGUUUGUUGCAGUUUUAAUUAUUAUUAUCAUGAUAAUAAAAUUGUACAUCAUCAUCAGAUGGUAAUUGCAAUCAGAAACCACAGAAAGGUACACUAGUCGGAUGUAUCUUCACCCUGACCAAGUUAGGGUGGUGGAGCAAUAUUCACGACCAACAGUAACUUCCAGCUAUCAUUAACCAUUGUCAGUCACAUGUCUACAGAGCCAAGCAGAGAUAGUGGCAUUUUUUAUAUUUUCCUAUUAUUAUCAUCAUUAUCUUCAUCACCAUCAUUAUUAGUAAUGGUAACAGGACUGAGUGGAGUCCAAUUUGGUCUGUAAUCAUAGGAGUGAUUAACAAAAUCGCAGGAGUCCGAUUUGUUUAAUCACGAGUAUGAUUACAGACCAAAUUGGACGACACAAGGUUCUGUUACCAUUAAUCACAACUUUAACAAAAUUUGUGAUAUAAUAGGCUAUUUUUUAAAUCAAAAGACAAGAAAUUCGAAAUUUUUGUUUUGCUAGCAGUGAAAAAAAAGCCAUUUAAGCGCACGCGUGAUGGCACAUACUGUCGAAUUUCUUAGGCAUGACGCGUACUGUCCUAUUAGACUGUCCAAUUAAGGCUGAAAUCAAGGCAGUUGAUAGCCAAUCAGAUUUGACAAUUUUGUUAAAGUUAUGAUUAUUACUAUUAUUGUUGUUGUUGUUCACAUUAUUAAUUAUUAUUGUUAUAGUUAUGUACACUUAUACUCAGUUUUGAUGGUCAACCAGAAAAAAAUUCCCUUUGUGUGUGUUACAGCUAGUAACCGCGGGUCACAAGGGUCUGGCCAUCUUUCACAUCUCAAGGACUCUUUGUGGUAUUCUUGCAGUUCCUAGUAAUGGGGUCUUCUGCACGUGUCCUGGUCUUACCCUUACCAAUAUUCUGAAGCGACUUAUUCAGGACUUACCACGUAUUCAACUCUCAGCCAACUGGUACAGCAAUGUCAAUUAUUUUACAGACUCUAUCCUCCUUCCCCAGAAUUACAAUAUCUGGUCUUCUAGCCUCUGUUUUGUGGUGGCAUUGUAUGUUAAAUCCCACAACACUUCAAUCUUAUCAGUCUCCAACACACUCUGGGGCUGAUGCUCAUACCAUUUAUCUGCUCAGUUCAUCCCGUUCUCACCCCAUAAUUCCCAAUGAAUCAUUCUGGCAACAUUGUCAUGUCUCUUCGUAUACUCUGUUUGCGCAAGUUUGGUACACUCACUAAUGACAUGGCUAACACUUUCACCUCUCUCAUGACGCAUUUUACACAAUGCAGAUUCCAUACUCUUGUCCACUGGAAACUUCACAUAAUUCGUCCUCAAGGCUUGUUCUUAGGCCACACAGAUGAGAGUUUUAGUGCUGGAUUUAAGGUCAGCUUUUUUUAGCAAAUUCCAUGUUCCGUUGAUGUCAGCACCCUCAUCUUCCAGCUGCCUCAAAAACUGGCUAUGCAUUGUCUUAUCACUCCCAGAUUUCACUUGUCUUCUACUGCUUCCUUUUUAAUUUUUUUUUGUCUGCUUUUACAGCAGCUUCUACAUCUACCACUCCUGAUGCUUUCACUGUCUCCAGCAACUGCCCCCCACUACUGUUCCUAACGUACCAUCCAACACUGCUAUCUUUGCUCUGGACACAAGAUUCACAACUUAUUAAACCCUAUCCACCUUUUUCUCUUGGCAUAUAAAGCCUGUUGUUGUUAUUAUUAUUGUUAUUAUUAUUAUUAUUAUUAUUAUUAUUAUUAUUUUUAUAUUAGUAAAAUCCAACUAGUGGUCAAUUAAUGCUGCAUUCUGAUUGGCUGAGCUACUACUAGGCUAUAUGUUAUAGCCCACUAGUAGCGAAAAGCGCCGGCUUUUUGGCGCAAUAAAAGGAUUUAAGUCUAGCAUUAACUACCGGGUAGCUAAAGUUGUUUUGUCUCGAUUUUUUUGACCAACUAGUUGGAUUUUACUAAAACAAUUAUUCCUCUCGCCCUGGUGGCCUCUGACUCAGAGCCCAUUCGGGCUCGAGGAAUAAUUGUUAAUUAUUACUAUUAUUAUUAUUAUUAUUGUUAUUAUUAUUAUUAUUAUUACCAUUAUUAUUAUAUUUGAGAAGGGUCAAGCAGGACUUCCCUAGACUAAACAGCUAUAGAUACUUUAUUAUUGGGAUGUACAUAGAAAUUUUCAUUUUUUAGUUUAUACACAGUUGUUUACAUUUGGUCUGUUGAAAACCACCGGACCACCAAGAAGUCUUUUUUAACUACAGUUAUACUAAAUUUGUAUUUAAUUUUCAAUUUGAGAAGAGUUUAAUAAAGUAUGUUUUAUUAUUAUUAUUAUUAUUAUUAUUAUUAUUAUUAUUAUUAUUAUUUAAUUCGACAGGAAUUGUAAAUAGUGUUUUUGAAUGAAUAGUUUUUUCUUUUUUUUUUAAGCGAAUUUAAAAUUAUUAUUAUUAUUAUUAUUAUUAUUAUUAUUAUUAUUAUUAUUAUUAUUAUUAUUAUUAUUAUUACAAUGCUCUCCUUCUUAUGAGAGAUGGAAGAUGUUUUACAAGUACCAUGUCACGGAUUAUUGCAUUUCAUAUUUCAGGCUUUUUGUUUGCUGUUGGUUCGAUGGUGGUUGCAGGAAUUGUUGAGUUUAAAAGACGUAAAGAUGAUCAUGGUUGUGUGACUCAAACUAUUGCUCAUGUGAACUACACUGCUUGUAUGUCCAUCUACUACCAAAUUCCACAGUACGGACUCAUUGGAGUAAGCGAGGUUUUUGCAAGUGUUGCUGGUAAGUAUUUUUUUUCGUUUUCCCAUGUGACUGUUUUAUUAUUUUAAUGGAUUGCCUGUAGAUAGAGUUCACGUAGGCUGAAAUCCUUGCUAGACAAACACCCGUUCUUAAAUUAUCUCUCAGCAUAAAAAUUUUGAUGGUUUUACUAUUCUUUCUCGAUCGAAAAACAGCUAACAUUACCUACCUCCCAUCAAAAACAACCAAAUGUUAAACUAACGAUAAACAACUGUUUAACUGUGACAAAAAAAUGGAUCGAAACACACCAUCGGCAUUUAAGAGUCUUCAUAGCCAAUAACAUCACGGCUUAUCUGAGAGACGCCCAAUAACAUCGCAACUAUACUGACCAAUCAAGUCAAUAACGCGAGUUUGAUACCAUUAACUGACGUGAUACAACUCACUUUGACCACUGCACCCUACCCCACAGGUUGUUAAGACGUCAACAACAGUCCUAUUCGGGACUACGAUCACCCACCCGAUCAUGCUUCACCGACUUAUGAAAUGACUCUUGGGUUCAAACCUUUCACACUGUUAAACUAAAGUUGGAAAUUAACCUUUUUUCAUUGAAUUUUGAAAGCUGCUAAUGCUACUUACAGGGUUCUCAUAAAGAGUUAGUUGCCACAAACAAAGUCAGUAAUAUUGAUUGUAUUUUAGCCCUANAUGGUGGUUGCAGGAAUUGUUGAGUUUAAAAGACGUAAAGAUGAUCAUGGUUGUGUGACUCAAACUAUUGCUCAUGUGAACUACACUGCUUGUAUGUCCAUCUACUACCAAAUUCCACAGUACGGACUCAUUGGAGUAAGCGAGGUUUUUGCAAGUGUUGCUGGUAAGUAUUUUUUUUCGUUUUCCCAUGUGACUGUUUUAUUAUUUUAAUGGAUUGCCUGUAGAUAGAGUUCACGUAGGCUGAAAUCCUUGCUAGACAAACACCCGUUCUUAAAUUAUCUCUCAGCAUAAAAAUUUUGAUGGUUUUACUAUUCUUUCUCGAUCGAAAAACAGCUAACAUUACCUACCUCCCAUCAAAAACAACCAAAUGUUAAACUAACGAUAAACAACUGUUUAACUGUGACAAAAAAAUGGAUCGAAACACACCAUCGGCAUUUAAGAGUCUUCAUAGCCAAUAACAUCACGGCUUAUCUGAGAGACGCCCAAUAACAUCGCAACUAUACUGACCAAUCAAGUCAAUAACGCGAGUUUGAUACCAUUAACUGACGUGAUACAACUCACUUUGACCACUGCACCCUACCCCACAGGUUGUUAAGACGUCAACAACAGUCCUAUUCGGGACUACGAUCACCCGAUCAUGCUUCACCGACUUAUGAAAUGACUCUUGGGUUCAAACCUUUCACACUGUUAAACUAAAGUUGGAAAUUAACCUUUUUUCAUUGAAUUUUGAAAGCUGCUAAUGCUACUUACAGGGUUCUCAUAAAGAGUUAGUUGCCACAAACAAAGUCAGUAAUAUUGAUUGUAUUUUAGCCCUAGAGUUUGCCUACAGAGAAGCACCGAAGACCAUGCAAAGUUUAGUUAUGGGACUGUUCUUUUUUGUCCAGUCUAUUGGCAGCUUGCUUGGCGGUGCUUUGUAUGAGCUCUGCUCCUUAGGCGGAAAAGACAGCUGGACUCCUCAUUUGGGCAGUAUUACUCCAGGUCCACAAGCUCUUAAAAACCACUUAGACUACUAUUUCUUUCUCCUGGCUGGAUUGCUGUUUGGUACCUGGAUAAUUUUCCUUGUUGUUACUCUGAGGUGUAAGUUGCCCUUCAGGCAAUCAAAUCGUAGGAGGACUAUACCAGUAAUACAGAAAUCACAGGAAAAUCUGCAUACCACAUCUUGAUAUAUGAUACAUGUACAAGUACAUGUAGGGUAAUUAUAUUAAGAGUUUCAACUUGUAAUGCUUAUGAGCUGCCAGUAAGAACUAUAGCUAUAAUUUAUCCUGUAUAAUAAAGUGCCAUGACUUGCUGCUUAUAAGCCCUAGGCUUAUAAACCUUCGUAACGGGUUUUGGGCUUAUUUAGCAAACGGCAAACGUCAGAUUCAAGUUGAGAAUUUCUCAAAAUAGAAAAUGAGCCGAUAAAAACAGCUCAAAACUAUUCUUAAGGAUAAAAAUUGCGGUGAAACUACUAAGUUAUGUUUCGUAAUAGAGCGGUUUUCACUUGACUGUCGUAAAACCAAAACCAAAGUAAAUACACUAGCCAACCAAAGGGCGUAGUAAAACCAAAACCAAAACCAAAACCAAUCCCUUUCGACAGUCAAGUGAAAACCGCUCUAAUGAACAGUAAAUGACAAGUAAUGGGGAAACUUGGUCACGUGGCACAAAUUCGCGUUUGACUUAAAAGUGAUGCUCAACCUCUCUAUUAACGGAAAGGCUUAUGUCCGAGGGCGGUUAUAAUUGGAAUAGGAUUAGCACUGAAGCGGUGCUGAUCAAAAUACGUUUGACUUUACUGGUAUUUAAGUAAGCUUCAGAACGUCAUAAUAAAUCGAAUCCAUUUCAAUACUAGUGAGAGAGGGGCUUAUGAUUGGAUGCAAGUUUUUGAUGGGUAAAUGGUCCUAUAACUACACGGGGGGAGGGGGGAUCUGAUAAGCGGGAGUUUACUAUAGUACACAUAGGGUAAUAAGAAUGUAGACUUGUUAUGCUUUCAAGCUGCCAGUAAAAACCUUUAAAAGUUUAGUUUAUAAUGUAGGAUACAGUCAGUGACAAAAUUUUGGGGACACUGUCCUCAAAUGGGGUAAGUUCGAAGAACAGAACAAUCCACACCCUCACCCUCCCCUCCCUUCAAAGUUGGGGUGGUUGUUUGUUUCCUAAAGGUGCCUUAACAGUGGCAGACAUUGCAAAGAGGAAGUGGGUGGGAAGCGUUAUUUUUCCCUUUUAAAGUUUGCAAAACGUCAGAAAGGCCCUUUAGUGCAACGUGUUUCAGCUAAUGUUGUCGCCGAUUGCUUGUUCAGUAUGGGGAAAAAAAUAAACGUGGGAUUUCUCGAAAACUAAGCAUCAAAACCUUCAGAUUUUGAUAACUUAAAUGAGUUCAUAUGAUAACUGAAAAUUGUACAAAGUGAGAAGGGGCUUACAGAAAUGGUUGGUUAUAUUUUUUUGGUCAAAAUUGACAAUAUUGGCUUUUUGAAACUUAAAUUCCCUCUCGCCUCGUCGCUCCUCCAAUAAAAACCAUUCUCUGAUGUUACCUGAAAUGGCGUCGUUAGUAGUAUAUGUACUUAGGUUUACAGUGAUAUUUAGUAUUCAAAUUAAUGGGGUAAAGGGUAUUCAAGCGAAAAAUAAUAGUUCAAUAAUACCAUCCCCUUCCCCCACCUUAAUAAUAAAUAAAUAAUAAAUAAAGGUCUGUAUUGUUUUUUAAGCAAAAAUACAUGCUAAAAACCAGGAACACUUACAUUAAAAACAGCAAAAAGAAUUACAAGGCUUAUAAAAUUCCAUGUAGAAG